UGUGCCACGCCCACGGGGCGCGGCCGUGACGCGAGGCCCGCGCGCCCGCCGCCCCCUCCCGCCCCCUGGCGGCGGCGCUGUGACGUGGCGCUUCCGGCGCGGGCGGCGGCGGCGGGAGGCGGUCGGGGGAUGGCCUGACGCUGCCCCGCUGGGCACCGAGGGGCUGCGGGACCCUGCGGGACCCCCGGGAGCCUCCGCCGGGCCCGGUGAGGUGAGCGCGGCGCCGCCGCUUCGGUGUCUCGGGAGCGAGGAGGAGAAUCCGCAGCGAGGAGCUCCCGAGCCUGCGGGCUCCGCGCAGCGGCCGCGGGGUCUGUUCUGAGCCCCAAGGUGGCACCGGGGCCGCCCCGGGGGUCCCCGCGCAGCUCGGUCGCACCGGGCACCGCGAGGUGGCGGAGAUGGAGCCCCCGGCCGCCCCGCUCAUCCUGGGGGUGGGCGACGAGGUGACGCUGGUGGCCGGGGUGGCCGUGCUGGUGCUGGCGCUGGUGCUGGCCUGGCUGUCCACGUACGUGGCCGAGGGCAGCAGCCAGCUCCUGGGCACCGGCGACGCGGCCGUCAUCCGCCUCGGGCCCCUCCCGCCCUACGCGGGGCCCGCGGGGGCGGCCGAGGCCCCGGAGCCGCCCGGAAGCCCCGAAAGCGCGGAGGAGAAAGCCGAGGAGGAAGGGGGCGCGGCGGCGCGGGGGGACAGCGGGAGCCCCCCCGGUGGCGGCCGGGAGCCGCUGCCCCGGGAGCCCGCUGAGCCCGGUGCCCCCGCGGCGGGGGACGCGUGCCCCGGCCUCAUCAAGAUCCGCCUCAAGUUCCUCAACGACACCGAGGAGGUGGCGGUGGCCCGGCCCGAGGACACCGUGGGGAUCCUCAAGAGCAAAUACUUCCCGGGCCAGGAGAGCCAGAUGAAGCUCAUCUACCGCGGGCAGCUGCUGCAGGACCAGGCGCGGACGCUGCGCUCGCUCCGCAUCACCGACAACUGUGUCAUCCACUGCCACCGCUCCCGGGGGGCCGCCGCGGCCGCCCCCGCCCUGCCCGAGCCCGGUCCCGCCGGCCCCGCGGCCCCCGGGCUGCCCCUGGGCGGGGGGACCCUGAUGGUGCCCACGGUGAUGCUGGUGCUGGCGCUGGGCUGGUAUUUCCGCAUCAACUACCGGCAGCUCUUCACGGCGCCGGCCACCGUGUCCCUGAUCGGUGUCACCGUCCUGGUCACCUUCCUGGCCUUCGGGGUGUACGGACAGGCGGGGUGAGGCACCGCGGUGUCCCUGUCGCAGCUCUGUGGCCGGAGCCAGCGCGGUGGCAGCUCAGCGCCCGCGUCCCCAGCCUUGCUGCCGGACUUUACCCCCCCAAAAAGGGGCUGUGCCCCCCCUCAAGCUCCACUGCCCCUCCCCAACCCCGGCUCCGGGGAGUGGGACAGCGCUGGAACGGGCCGUGGCUUCUUCCCAAGCACUUUUUAAUGCAAAUAAAGGGUGUCGAGUCAC